AGGACUAGUGAGUAACGUGAUUUUCACAAGUCAUGCUACAGAGCAGAAACAUCCACUCCUUAUGCAACUGCAGAGCCUUAUCCGGGCGGCAAAUCCUGGUGUUUCCUUCAUCUUGGCAGAGAAUGGAGUUGUAACUAGGAAUGAGGAUAUUGAAUUAAUUCUCUCAGAAAGCAGUUUUUCAAAUCCUCAGAUGAUGAGAGCUCGAUAUUUAAUGUAUCCUGGCUGGUAUGAAGGUAAAUAUGGAGCUGGGUCUAUCUUCCCUCCAAUGGUUCAGAUCUGUGUGUGGUUUAAUCGUCCUCUAGAAAAAACACGCUUUGUGACCAAAUGUAAAGGAAUUAAGUCAUUGCUCAAGCCAAGUCCUUUUUCUGGAAACAUUUAUCAUAUCAUGGGCAAAGUUAAGUUUUCAGAUUCUGAUAAAGUGAUUGAAGUCUGCCACAACACAUCAUCUAAUUCACUAAGCCUUGUGCCUGUUCAGGAGGGGCCAACUCCUCCUGAUUCAAGAAGCGAUAACAGAGAUGGCAGCAGUCAACAGGAGUUCUUCCUUGUGUUCAUUGGCUGCUCUCUGAAGGAAGAGGAUAUAAAAGACUGGCUCAGAGAAACUGCAAAACAGAAACCUCAGAGGAAAGCCCUGAAAACCAGAGGAAUGUUAACCCUUCAGGAAAUAAAAAACAUUCAUGUGAAACGCCACUUGGAUCCACUUCCAGCUGGUUAUUUCUACAAUGGGACUCAAUUUGUGAAUUUUUUUGGUGACAAAAUGGAUUACCAUCCAU